UUUUGACAGCUCGUUUAGUGCGAAGUGGGAAAUCAGCGCGUAAAUUGUAAAGUUAUUUACCGAAUAUUCUCGAUUCCUUUGUAAAGUUAAAAUUAAUUUAGAAUCAACAUGAGCUACGCUGCAGAUGUAUUAAAUGCUGCUCAUCUAGAACUGCACGGCGGUGGCGAAGCGGAGCUACGCCGCCCUUUUGACCCUACCGCCCACGAUUUGGACGCCUCCUUCCGCCUGACACGUUUCGCUGAUUUGAAAGGACGCGGCUGCAAGGUUCCACAAGAUGUGCUCUCGAAGCUUGUCUCGGCAUUGCAACAAGACUAUUCUGCCCAAGAUCAAGAGGCGCAAUUCCUGAACGUGGCCAUACCGCGCAUUGGAAUUGGACUCGACUGUGCUGUUAUUCCGUUACGCCAUGGCGGCUUGUGCCUGGUUCAGACCACCGAUUUCUUUUACCCUAUCGUUGACGAUCCCUACAUGAUGGGAAAAAUUGCCUGCGCCAAUGUGCUGAGCGAUCUAUACGCCAUGGGCGUAACCGAUUGCGACAACAUGCUAAUGCUGCUGGCUGUUAGCACUAAGAUGACGGAGAAGGAGCGUGACGUUGUGAUUCCACUAAUCAUGCGGGGUUUCAAGGAUUCAGCCCUAGAUGCCGGCACCACUGUGACAGGCGGCCAGAGUGUUGUUAAUCCCUGGUGCACUAUUGGCGGCGUCGCAUCAACCAUUUGUCAGCCCAACGAGUAUAUUGUGCCCGACAACGCGGUGGUGGGAGAUGUUCUGGUCCUCACCAAGCCUCUGGGCACCCAAGUUGCCGUAAAUGCACAUCAAUGGAUUGAUCAGCCAGAACGCUGGAACCGCAUCAAACUGGUCGUCUCCGAAGAGGAUGUGCGUAAGGCCUACCAUCGCGCUAUGAAUUCAAUGUCGCGGCUCAAUCGCAUAGCCGCGCGCCUCAUGCAUAAGUAUAAUGCGCACGGAGCAACCGAUAUAACAGGCUUUGGUCUCUUGGGUCAUGCUCAAACGCUGGCUGCUCAUCAGAAGAAGGACGUUUCCUUUGUAAUACAUAAUCUGCCAGUAAUUGCCAAAAUGGCAGCAGUGGCCAAGGCGUGUGGCAACAUGUUCCAACUCCUCCAAGGCCAUUCUGCAGAGACAUCUGGUGGUUUGCUCAUUUGCUUGCCGCGCGAACAGGCUGCCGCCUACUGUAAGGACAUUGAGAAGCAGGAAGGCUAUCAGGCCUGGAUUAUUGGCAUUGUCGAAAAGGGCAACAAAACGGCUCGCAUUAUUGAUAAGCCUCGCGUCAUCGAGGUACCUGCUAAGGAUUAAUUUCUCAGUUUUCUUUAAGCACAAUAAUUUUAAUUACCAGGUUCUCAGUUUUAAAACGCAUACAACAUUACUUUAAGUGAAAUCAAUUGUUCGUUUUACCAUCAAAAUUUAGUAACUUUAACGAAACCCCCUUACAACACACUUGUAAUUGCGACAGUUACACAAUAAACUUGAAUGAUUUGAAAUACUUGUCUCCCAAGUAAAAUAAAGAAUCGCAUU